AUAAGAGCUUCGGUAGCAGAAGUUUCCCUUCCAUGAUCCGUGGCGGUGACUCUGACUCUCACGCGCAUCUUCUUCGUAGCAUUUCCCCACACUUUUUCCUCGCCGGAGAGGCUCGCCGGACGGCGCUCGGCGCUCGUCGCCGCCGAUCGAUUCGGCAACGUAGCAUUUUCAUGGUAACGUCGGAAACUGAAAACAGCGCGUUUUGAGAUUUGGCUUUUUGCGUGCGUCGAAGAAAGAGAGAGAGAGAAACAAAAAUGAAUAGGAUUGGGAACGGAGGAGGAGGAGGAGGAGGAUUGAGCAACGUGGAGAUGGAGUACAUAAGAAGACACCACAGGCACGAGCCUGGUGAGAAUCAGUGUGGCUCUGCGCUCGUUAAGCAUAUAAGAGCACCGGUUCCUCAGGUAUGGUCCUUGGUGAGGAGGUUUGAUCAGCCACAGAAGUACAAGCCAUUUAUAAGUAGAUGUGUUGUAAGGGGAAACCUUGAGAUUGGGAGUCUGAGAGAAGUUGAUGUUAAAUCAGGGCUUCCUGCCACUACAAGUACAGAAAGAUUGGAGCUCCUUGAUGACAAUGAGCAUAUUCUCAGCAUCAGGAUUAUUGGUGGUGACCAUAGACUUAGGAACUACUCCUCUAUCAUGUCCCUCCACCCAGAAAUUAUUGAUGGAAGGCCAGGUACACUGGUAAUUGAAUCUUUUGUGGUGGAUGUACCUGAGGGCAACACCAAAGAUGAAACCUGCUAUUUCGUUGAAGCCUUAAUUAAGUGCAAUCUCAAAUCACUUGCCGAUGUCUCAGAAGGGCUUGCUGUGCAGGAUUGCACUGAACCAAUUGAUCGGAUCUAGGAGGUUAUAUUCAGAAGUUGCUGAGAACUUGGCUGCCAUGGAUGAAGCUUCAGGGGCUUUCCUAUCUUGGAGGCUUGGGAGACGGACUGGCAAUUAUGCUGCUUCCAUUAUUAGUAUAGAGUUGCAGCGUUUUUCAUUCCACUUGCUCUAUUGAUUAUCCUUGUGAUAUAUAUGCUGUUUACUCUCUUUGGCAGUUAAAGAACAAUAUUUGAGUCAGGUGACUGAAUCCAAUGCUGUAACUACAGGUGAAGGACCAGGUGCUUCUUGGAGAUGUUCAUGGUUUUUGUUUUGUGGUAUGUUCUUUUUUGUAUAUAGGCGGUGGUGGUGAAACUUGGUCUGUAAAAUUAUUUUGAUUGGUCAGCUGUAGUUUCUAAUUGCAGUAAAAAUUUAAUCUUCUAGCGGGGAUCACUUAAUUCUUAUUGCGGAGUUCCAGUUGCUUUGGUUCUUUUUUGUUCCUUUUUCCUUUGGUACAUACUUCGGUUUCUUCCCCUUUUCUCUGUUUUGAAGGAAUGACAUACAACUGAGUUGAGACCAGUAGAAGCUCAUACGAAACCAAGAGGUUUGGACGAUAGGAUGAGAAAGGGAAUAAAAGAGGGAUAGAAAUAGGUUUGAAGUUUAAACUUGUACUCUAUGAUUUCAUAGUAUGACACUAUUAGUCUAUUACUAA